CACUGUCCCCAGGCUGUCGUGCCAGGCCAUGCGCCAGCUGCACCCCGAGGCCGUGGCCGCCAUCCAGAGCAAGGUGCUGUUCAGCAAGGCCGAGGAGCAGCUGCUGGCCCGGGUGCCAUCGAGCCCUGUCCCCUCGCUGGACACCUUCCAGGAGCUGCUGCAGCGCCACCCGGCCGUGUUUUACCCUGCCAGGACCCCCAAGGCCCUGCAGCUGCACUGGCAGCUCCUGCGCCAGUACCACCUGCUGCAGGACCAGACAGUGCAGCCCCUGCCCAAGGGGGAUCAGGUCCUGAAUUUCUCCGAUGCCGAGGAGCUGCUGGACGACGGCAAACUCAGGGACGUGCGGGACGAGGUCCUGGAGCACGAGCUGACCGUUGCUGACCGGCGCCAGAAGCGCGAGAUCCGGCAGCUGGAGCAGGAGCUGCACCGCUGGCAGGUGCUGGUGGACUCCAUCACAGGGAUGAGCUCCCCGGAUUUCGACAGUCAGACUCUGGCCGUGCUGCGGGGCCGGAUGGUUCGGUACCUGAUGCGCUCCCGGGAGAUCACCCUGGGCAGAGCCACCAAGGACAACCAGAUCGACGUGGACCUGGCGCUGGAGGGCCCGGCCUGGAAAAUCUCCCGCAAGCAGGGGGUGAUCAAGCUGAAGAACAACGGCGAAUUCUUCAUCGCCAACGAGGGCCGGCGGCCGAUCUUCAUCGACGGCCGCCCCGUGCUGGGGGGCAGCAAAUGGAAACUCAGCAACAACUCCGUGGUGGAGAUCGCCAGCCUGCGCUUCGUGUUCCUGAUCAAUCAGGAAUUGAUCGCGAUGAUCCGGAGCGAGGCCGCGCGCCUGGGCCAGCCCUGACACCAGCGCGGACCAGUACGGACCAGUACGGACCAGUACGGGACUGGGAUGGGACUGGGAGAGUCCCAGUAACACCAGUAUGAACCAGUACGGGACUGGGAGGGUCCCAGUGAUACCAGGGACACCAGUAUGGACCAGUACGGACCAGUACGGGACUGGGAUCAUCCCAGUGACCUCCCAGUGACACCAGUACAGACCAGUACGGGACUGGGAUGGUCCCAGUUUGGGACUGGGAGGGGACUGGGAGCCUCCCAGUAACACCAGUAUGAACCAGUACGGGACUGGGAGGGUCCCAGUGAUACCAGGGACACCAGUACAGACCAGUUUGGGACUGGGAUCAUCCCAGUGACCUCCCAGUAACACCAGUUUGGGACUGGGAUGGUCCCAGUAACACCAGUGCAGGACUGGGAGUGGCCCAGUGACACCAGUAUGGACCAGUUUGGGACUGGGAUCCUCCCAGUGCUCCCAGUUUGGGACUGGGAC